AUGGAGCAGACUGACCGACCCAUAUUUUCGGCGGUCUCCAAUUCUGUCCAGCAAUUAUAUGUGCUCUUGCGAUGCAUCGGAUUCUCUUCAAAAGCUUCAGUUCAGGUCACUUCACAAGGGAUUCGCUUCUCCGCUGAAGACGGACGAGUAAUGCAAGGCGUCGCAUUUCUUGAUAAGAAACUUUUCACCAACUACAUAUUCCACCCACCAUCAGGGACUAACCUUGAGGGUACCGUAGAGGAUGAAUAUGGUCUAGACAAUUACGUUUCCCCUCUCUUCUUGAUAUCUCUUUCUGCCCUACUCGAGACACUCCAGAUCUUUGGCCUCAAUGAUGCGUCUUCAUUUACCAAUCCGACUCCAAAUCCGGCCACCUCAACCGCCCUCAACGCUUUCUCAGGACCUGCAUUACUCCUAAACCGCACGUGCACAAUCAGUUAUAUUAUGCAAGGAUCGCCACUUGCUAUCACUCUAUCCGAAGCUGGUGUGACCACCACAUGCGAAUUGACAACGUACGAACCGGAUGACAUCGAUUUUGACUCCUCAGUUGGAGAUACCGAUAUUCCAUUUCAGCGUGAUGCCAUCGUAUUCAAAGCCAUAAUGCGCUCAAUGUGGCUUCACAACGCCAUUCUGGAAUUAGACUCCACGAAUCCAACCUCAUUGUCUUUUAGCGUGUCAGCGACCAAGGAGCCAUACUUCGCUCUUUCCGCCUCUGGAGGUCCUUUUAGCGAAUCGACCAUCGAGUUCUCAAUCGACAAAGACCCUUCCACCGCUGGCGCCAAUGUACCCGUUUACAAAACACUGGAAGAUGGCACAAGUUCACCUUCAAAACAACAAGCAAGGCGCGGGAAGCUCGCUCCUACUGUAACAGAGACGUUCCUCGUCAAUUCGCCAUCCAGAUCCAGGUUCCGCCAGAGUUACAGAUUUGCACUUAUUUACAAGGCUCUUCGUGCGAUGGCGGCCUCAAGCAAGGUUAGCAUCCGCAUUGAUAGACAGGGGGUUCUGAGUUUACAAUUUAUGAUUGAAUUUGGUGAUGGAAAUGGCGUUGAUGGCGGAAGAGGGGUUCAACCGCCCACCGCAAUUAAGAAGAUCGAAAAUGCUGGCUUUGUGGAUUUCCGAUUCGUCCCAUUAGUCGAUGACGCUGACGAGGGCGGAGAAGAUGGGGCUGCAAAUGAUUGA